UUUCUUGGCUACAUAACAAUGGUAAUCACCAAGCUGAUAAUUUCUUGAAACCCAAUUUUCUCUCUUAAUUUCUUGCUCUGUCUCUCUGGUUAUAUCCCCCCUCAUGGUCAUGGCUGUCUAUUACAGCUACAGGGCUGUUCUCGCUUCUCUUCUUAUCUCUCUUCUUGUUCUUCAACUUGCUCAAGCUGAUAACAUGGUUAGCAGUGGCAAUGGCAACGGCACACAGAGCUCUCCCCCCAACACCAUAGAUUGUGGUGCAGCAUGUGCGACGAGGUGCAGCUUAUCAUCGAGGCCUCGGCUGUGCAAUAGGGCUUGUGGGACUUGCUGCUACCGGUGCAAAUGCGUCCCUCCGGGCACCUCCGGCAACCUUGAGGUCUGCCCCUGUUACGCCAACAUGACAACCCGCGACAACCUACGCAAAUGCCCUUAACCAACUCAGUCUCAGGGAUGGAAAGCUUUUUUUAUUAAAAAUCCUCUUUGGAGAAUGAUAGAUUAGAGACCGUCAAUUCAUCUCUUCUUCUUCUUCUUCUUUGAUUACUCUUUUCUGUUGUAAAAAGUUGUGAUUGCAGCUUAAUCAAUUAAUGAUUUAAUGUAAUUUCUGUUUUCCGAUGAAUGGUCGCAAACUCGCAAUUGCAAUUGAGACAUGGGCCUUUUUAAUCA